AUGGUGGCUUCAUACAAGCCAUAUGGUUUAACAAAAUACCCGAAAAAGACUAUUGUCUGGUUAGCCAAUGGCAACAAUCUAGUGCAACAAGGAUCCACAGUCGAACUCACUGCACAUGGCCAGUUGCAACAGGCAAACAAAAAGGGAUUGCGGACUUUGGUGGUACUGGAGUUGCCUAUGCAGCCAUGCUUGACACAUGAAAUUUCGUUCUGGCCAAUGGAAAUUCAAACAAUUUGA